AUGCCCGAUGAUAUAGACCAAUCGUCAUUUGCCAGCAUUCUAGAAGGUGUCCGCAAGAUGCGGGAGUCUUAUGAUGCUCCAAAUCAGCCAACUGCAACAAAUUCCUCAAAGUCCGGUGUAUCUGAGCAACAGGGAUCUAUUCGACCCUCAGAGCAACCACAAGUGACGAAAGAGGUGCAAUCGCAACAACAAGAGGCGUCAACAGCUCAGUCAAGAGCUGAAACUUCAAGCAGCGAAGGUAGAAAUACCUUGAAUACAACGGGGCAAAUACAAAAAAACCGUCAUAGAACGAACAGACCAGUUGGCUCUAGGAGGAUCAGGGACAAUGUUCAGACAUACACCGCUGUUCAGGUGGCCAAUUCACAGAAGGGAAAUCCCCUUCUUGAAAGUCCCUCCAUGAAACUCACAUCAUGGGCAUACAACAGCCAGAUUCUUCUGGACUACUACAUCAAUGCUACGUUACAGGUACUCUUUCUACUGCUCAAGUACCACAAACUUCGGCCUGAGUACGUCUGGCGACGCAUUGAAAAAAUGAAAGGAAGCUCGAUAGUCGAGGAGCUGCAAAAUGACGAGGUGCUUCGAGUGCUUCUCGUGGUAGUGGACAUUGAUCUGCCACAGGACUCUAUCCGUUCACUUCUGAGCAUUUGCAUGAGGCACGAUUUGCUGAUUGUGGUGGCAUGGCUGUUUGAAGAGGCGGGAAAUUACAUAGCCUACUUUAAGCUGAACGAGAUGGCUCGUUCCAAGGUGGAUCUGUCUAUUCAGGGUCUCAAAAAAGAGGACUACAACCUGACAAUAGUGAGUCUGCUAACUACAGUGCGAGCGGUGAACAAGACUGAUGUGGCGAAUUUAUUAGCAAACUGCAAGUCUUUCAAACGGAUCGUGACACAGGCUUCAGAGAACGAUGGGCUCGCGCAAAUUCAGGGUUUGGGAGAGCGCAAGCUACUUAAUCUAAGGGCUGCUUUCACAGAGCCUUUUAUAUUCAAUAAGGAUUACGACAAAGACAAGACAGAUGUCUAA